AGACGUCUUCCUUUUAGCCAAACGACCAAAUCCUUGAGAUGGUUGAUUCAGAAACCAACUUAGGAAAUGCAAGUAAAUCUGUUCAGGUUAAACUUGUACUAUUAGGUGAAGCUGCUGUUGGCAAGUCAUCGGUGGUUCUUCGUUUUGUAACAAACGAGUUUCAAUCAAACAAAGAGCCAACUAUUGGCGCUGCAUUUCUGACGCAGAAAUGUCGCCUUGAAGACCGGGUUUUACGCUAUGAAAUUUGGGAUACUGCUGGACAGGAACGCUUUCAUUCACUGGCGCCCAUGUAUUACCGAAAUGCUCAAGCUGCUGUAGUGAUUUAUGACGUUACGAAGGCGUCUAGUCUAGACAAAGCCAAGUCUUGGGUGAAGGAGCUACAGCGGCAGGCACAUCCCAAUAUUGUCAUAGCGCUUGUUGGGAAUAAAAUUGAUCUCGUCCGCCCGCUUUCUCUCUCUCUCGGAUUCACGCCACAUCCUGACUCAGAAGAAGAAGCUGAUGAUGCUACCGCUACCCCCGACGGAACCACUAGUGGUGAUGCUGGGCCUGUUUGUUUACGACAAGUGCCACGCGAGGAAGCUCAAGCUUAUGCCGCAGAGACUGGUUUAUUGUUCUCCGAAACAAGCGCUAAAACUGGCGAAGGCAUAGUCGAGGUCUUUACUGCCAUCGCGAAGAAAAUACCCAUAGAACAUAUAAUAGCUUCCUCACGGGGUAGUGUAGGACGGUUUGAUGUUGCAGGAAGUCGUACUGUUUCUCAAGAAGGUGGGGUAAAUCUUGAUGAGGCUGCAGUCAAAGGCACUAGUAGUUGUAGCUGUUGAGCUGGCUUCGGUAUUGAGACAAGGCUUGUACCUUUCGGGAGCAUCUUAUUAAGUCCAAAUUCGUUGAUAUAUUAUUGCUACUAUGCAAGUGCAAAACUCC